GCUCCAAAAUAGUGCGAUAUACCGCAGAACGAGGCAUAUCUGAGGCAUACCAGCAAGAUCCAUCCAUUGUAAGGAUUUUACUAAUUAUCAUGCAGCACAAUGACACUUGCACGAGCCAAUCCCUCCGUUCUGUCACGCAUCUCUCCCUCCACACGUUUCGCUCGCACCCGACCCCAGAUCCGCACUUACGCUGCGCCAGGCGAAGGAGCGAUCCCCGCAGCGAAGAGGAAAUAUGUUCCGACAACCGGAACUUAUCCCCUCGGAUUUAGGGCUGGAAGCGCACAUGUCGGCGUGAAACCAAGCAAUACACGAUUCGACGACCUUGCAUUGAUCGCUUCCGACCAGCCAUGCUCUGCUGCCGCUGUGUUUACUACAAAUAAGUUUCAGGCUGCACCUGUCACUGUGUCGCGGGAGAUACUGAAGAAGAGGAAGGGCGAUGGAGUCCGGGCAGUUGUUGUUAACUCAGGCUGUGCCAACGCAGUUACCGGCAAGGGUGGCAUUGAAGAUGCGAUCACAAUGGGACUGCAAACGGACAAAUGCUUUGAGGAAGAGAGUAAUGGCGAGGACGAUGGACAGGGUAGUAGGACUAUCGUCAUGAGCACCGGCGUCAUUGGACAACGCCUCCCCAUCGAUAAGAUUACUAGCAAAGUCCCAACCGCAUAUUACAACCUUGGCGGCACCCAUGACCACUGGUUAUCUGCGGCGAGGGCGAUCUGUACUACUGACACUUUCCCUAAGCUUUUGUCUCGCACCUUCACACUGCCUUCAUCACAAGAGGAAUACCAUAUUGUUGGCACGACUAAGGGUGCGGGAAUGAUCCACCCAAACAUGGCUACACUCUUGGGCAUAAUUUGUACCGAUGCACCUAUUGCACCAGCGCCGCUCCAGACCCUCCUGACAUCUGCAAUAACGAAGUCGUUUAAUAGUAUUUCGAUUGACGGCGACACCUCCACGAAUGACACUGUGGCCAUACUUGCCAAUGGCGCCGCUGGCGGCUCCACAAUCGACUCCGCUCAACAUCCAGACUUCAACCACCUUCAAAAGACACUCACAGACUUUGCCAUCGACCUCGCCAAAUUGGUCGUCCGUGAUGGCGAGGGCGCUACCAAGUUCGUCACAAUUCGGGUCACAAAUGCUGCCUCAUAUGACGACGCCAAGCGCGUGGCAUCGACCAUCGCCCGCUCUCCCCUCGUCAAGACCGCCCUGUAUGGCAAAGAUGCAAACUGGGGUCGUAUUCUCUGUGCCACUGGCUACGCGGAGGGAGUAUCAUCCGUAGUGCCAACCGAAACCUCCGUCUCGUUCGUUCCCACUGAUGGAAGUGAGGAGCUGAAAUUGCUUGUCAAGGGCGAGCCCGAGCAGGUUGAUGAGACGAGGGCGGGUAAAAUUCUUGAGGCAGAGGAUCUGGAAAUAUUGGUUCGGCUGAGCGAGAACGAGAGUGGAGAAGAGGCAGUCUAUUGGACUUGUGAUUUUAGUCACGAAUAUGUCACUAUCAAUGGCGACUACCGCACAUAGAAUAUCGAAACUUUAUCGACGUCGAUAAAUAUUCGAAUAGCAAUGCGUCAGACAAAAGCGAAUGAGCAAGCGCUCGACAA